AUGCUACCCACAAAACCUUUGUUUAAUGCUUCAAUAAAUGAACUGAGAAAUACUGUGAAAAAGAAACUAUACCAAAUUUAUAAAUCCGGAGAUGAAACUAGAUAUCAAGAUGCAUUAGAGGUUUUAAACAAAAUUGAUAGAAAGGAGAUUUUCAAUAUGAAUAUAACAUCAUUAGGAAAUCUAAUCUUUGCAAAGUGUAAGAACCCAUUGUAUCAUGAGAAAUACAGGGACAUCCUGGAAAAAUUUGGGCUUAAUACAGGAUAUUUCAAUGUUAAGGUGUAUCUCGAGAAUGGUCAAUACGAACAAGCUGCCUUAACUGGUAUCGAAGAAUUCAAAAAUUUAGGAAAAACCGAUAAUAUAUUAAAGGAGAAACUAUCCCAUGACCUACAUAUGAGGCAGAUCCUGGAAGAAUCAAAUAGAAGAAAUGAUACUGUGAUUACGACUACCAUUUUGGAUUUAUUAGCAGAACAUGAUGUACUUUUCAGAUCAAACCUAUCUCAUACUAUUGGAAUUGCGCAAAUAAACCACAAUUAUGAGAUUAUAGUCAAAAAUCUUCAAUAUAUUACUGAAAAUGCGUUUUCCGAGAGCCUUUUGAAGUCGUGUUUUCAAAUGUGCAUCGAAAAUGGGGAUAAUCCAAAUGCUAUACAAUUCCUUUAUAAUAUGAAAUCAAAAGACUUGAAAAGUCUUCUAUGCUUUAAAUUUAUCAAGAGUUUAGAUUUCCCUGUGUUUGUUGAAUUAAUCAACAGCUUAGUCAAUGAGGGAACCUUGGAGAUACCCUGCAUGUUAGAUUUGCCUGCAGAAACUCUGGCCAUAGCCGAUUUGGAUAAUUAUGAGAUUCUGGGAGAGAAGCUCGAUCAAAUUCAACAUGUAUCGACUUUGGAGCUGAAGAGGCUAUUUAUAUUUAUGCUUCUCUCCUCUAUAGACAACACAAAUACACAUCUCGGAAGCACCAUCUUCCUAAUGAACAGAAUUCUGAAUGACCGAAGUGUACUGACAAACGAACACAAAGAUAUAAUUUUCCACCAGCUUUCAAAAUAUCCAUUUAAAUUAACAGCACUAAAAUUCAUCAAGUUAUUUGAAGAUAUAGGGCUGGAAAUAAGUAGUAGGAAUUACUAUCAUGCAUUAAAAUCCCAAUUUCACGGCAAGGAGCAUGAUACAGCAUACUAUCUUUUAAUCAAGAUGAUGAAAGAAGGAAAACCGCUUGACAAAAAUAUCAAGUCACUGUUGACUGGUUUCAAUUUGGCACUUGAUGAUAAAAAAUUAGCUUUAAUACUAGAGCAGAAUAAACCAGUGCACGAACUAGAACGUUUAAUAGGAUUUGAGUUUAUUCAGAAUCAUUUGGAACACCAGCGGGAGCGUACCAAAAUCAACCGGAAAAAGCUGCAAAAUACAAGCGAAUACGACUAUCAAUGGGACAUUAAGUUGGUAGAUUCGUUACAGUUUGAUUAG